UUGGUGUCUCUGUCUAACCCAUUCUCUGAAUUCAUACUGUUUUGAGGUUAGUGUCUUCAUGGUGUGAUGUUUUCAAGCAAUGUUUAUGUUCUACAGUUCCAGGAGACGGCCCUACACAUGGCGUCUAGAAUGAAUCGACUGGCGAUGGUGCAAGUCCUGUUAGCUUACGGGUCCAACGUACACCGCCGAAACACAGAGUAUGCCAUUGCCAUGCAGUAUGCUGCACACUCUAUCAACCCGAGAAUAGCCAGAAGUCUGGCCACGUUUGGAUCAGAUGUCAACAUUGCUUGCUUCACCAAGAAAGGUAAAAUUAAGAAAGGGAUCCUUAAAGAAAAGAAAGAACCACCGGUAGGGAAGGUGUCUCCUAUUAGUUCACCCAGACUUCCCUCCUGGAGGAGAGAGGAAAUUCAGGCACUGGAAAAUCUGCCCCAAUUGGACAGCUACUAUCCAGAUGAUGCAGCCAGGAAACAGAGCACAAGUUUCAGGCACUAAGAAACCAGUUACAGUUGGACUCCUACUAUCUGAAUACUGUAAAUACAGUGAUGUUGUUUUUUAUGUUGGCGGUGCAUGUUAUGCCAGUGGUUUUUGGUUUUCCACUUACUGCGAAAUUAAAUUCCUAUGAACUUACGUGCAUUUACAGUAUACAUGUGCAGGCGCCAAAGAAGAUAUUGCUGACCCAAAGCACCGACAUGUAAAUCUAUUAACUCUAGCAUGAACAUUGAAUGUAUCUCUCUAGCAUGAGGCAUUGGUAAAAGCCAUUCAUUGCUAUACUAUAAUUGAAUCCAAAAGAACUGUCACACAUACACAAUGGUCGGAUACUGAAUAUGCUGUAGUUUUCUAUUCAUUCCAUUCUAUAGUGAGGUAAGUUAUUUACACCCAGAAUUUAAUUACAAGUCAGUUUUAUGUUUGCUGCGAGCCAGCUCACGGCACCAAUGUGCAACAUACAAACAUCACUAUAAACUUCUCUAUGACCUGAUUUUACCUACAACAUAAUCACAAAAUCACAAAUCUCAUACAUUAUAACACAAAAUCACAUUGUUUAUACAAGGAUGCUAAGAGAUAGUUCAGUCACUAAAUUUGCAUUGGACAC